AUGACCCUCACCGAUUCCCUGCGCAUGGAGACUCUGCGCGAGCUGCUGUCAGCCGCAUCGUCAGUCCUGUCGUGGAAAGGCUUGGCCAUCUUGCUGGCAAUCAUCAACCUCAAGAACCUUCCUUUCGUCUGGCACCUGCGCCUCUUCCACCAUUUCGUCUGGAACAUCCGAUGGAAACCCAAUUACCCGUACUUCCCCAAGGGCAAGCCCCUGGUCACUCAUACAGGCAAACCCACCCACCCGGUGUUCGUGUCGUACAGCGUGACCUCACGCACGCCCAUCAGCGAGACCGACUACAACCUGCACAAGUCGAACAGCACGUACUUCUCUGACCUGGACGUGGCGCGCACGGCGCUCGUCACGCGCAUCUACAGCCCCGGUGCGGGCCUGCUCAGCAAGGAGCUGGACGCCGAGUUCGCGGCGGCCAGCCGCCGGGAAGGCAAGAAGCCGCCCGCGCGCAAGUCGCUGUACGUCGCGCUGGGGUCGGUGUACUGCAGCUUCAAGCGCGAGAUCAAGCCGUUCGAGCUGUACGAGAUGGAGUCCAAGGUCAUCGCCUGGGACCAGAAGUGGAUGUACGUGCUGACGUUUUUCGUGCGCCCCGCCACCCGCAAGGGCGGUCCGCGCACCCUCUUCGCGUCCGCCAUUAGCAAGUAUGUCGUCAAGAAGGGCCGCCUGACGAUCGCGCCCGAGCGCGUCCUGCGUGCGAGCGGCUUUCUCCCGCCCCGUCCUGACGGUGCGGCGUCCGAUGCGUCUGCCACGCUGGUCGAGUCGACGGAUGUGUCUGGUGCGGCGACCCCCGCUGGUGAGGGCAUCACGGCCACGGCUUCGGGGGUGGAUGGAUCGUUGGUGCGCCAAGUCUUGAAGAUGGAGGAUGGUGAUAUUCCCGAGAAGGAGAAGCUGGAAGCGGAGAAGAAGGUGAAUUCUGACUCGUGGGAUGCGCAGGAGUGGACCUGGGAGAAGAUCGAGGAGGAGAGACUUCGUGGGCUGAAGUUGGUCGAGGGGUAUGCUAAUCUGGAUACUAGUCUGAUUGAGGAGUGGGAGCGGUAG